AUGGCACAAGUAUUAUUUCAACUUCCAAAAGAGCUUUUGGUUCACACGUUAUCAUUCCUCCAACCCGAUGAAUUAGCAUCCAGUUUUGGACUCCAUGAGUUAUUAUACGCUGAUGAUGGUGAUCCGUUUACCCAGAUAAGACAGUUGGCAUUAUGGGCUAAAUAUCUGGAUCGAAACGUUGCAAUGAGUAACAAUGUUUUUGAAGGAUUGAACCAACUUGAUUUAUUGCAUUUGAAAUACUUGAUUAAGUACAAUAUAUUGAUUCGACCAAAAGAGAUAUCGUUUGUUUUAUUUGAUUUUACUAACUAUGCUGGUUCAUAUAAGUAUUUUGAAGUGAUCAACACUUAUUAUCUUGAAUAUUUGAAGAAAUUCACUGAUUGCUUUAGUAUACAGUUAAUUUUGGUUGAGAAUGUCGAAAUUGAUAAUUACUUGGUCAAAUCAAUGUUUGAACCAUUUAAUUUAAAUAACUUCAAAAUCAAUUGGUUUACAAUUAAAUAUUUACCAAAUUCAAUGACUGGUAAUCAACAGUUUGACUUUGAGGAUUUAAAUGACCGAAACGCAGAGUAUAGGAUUAAUGAUUUCCUUAAAAAUAACGAUGGUUUGAUGGUUGAAAAUUUAAAAUUACAUUUAUUCAGCUCAAAUAACUUAUUGCAUCAUUUAAGAAAUGAUCCUUCCAGUGAUAAUGCUUGCUUUUACUGUAAUUCCUUGAAAACAAUUGAUUUCUCCUAUAAUAAUCUAAAGGAUGAUGAUUUGCAAAAUAUUAAUUUCCCGCAACUGCUCGAAUAUUUAAACCUUUCUAAUAACAACCUUUGCUUUUUAUUAAAUCAUAAUUUCAAUCUAACUUGUUUAAUGAAUUUGAAAGUUUUGAAUAUUUCAAAUAAUAAUAUCAUGCAAUUCAACUUUAAUACCAAUCACUUGCCCUCGGAUCAUAAUUAUCAAUUGGAACACCUAGACUUAUCCGGUAACAACCUUACUGAUUAUCAAGAUUUAUUCAAAACUAACAAUUUAUUUUUCAAAAACUUGAUUUCAAUUGACUUAUCUAGAAACUUGAUAUCAAAAUUAUCGUCUUUCCCUUCAUUGUUAAAACGCAUCAACCUUAAUGGCAACCACUUGAGCAACUUUAUAAAAGAACUCAAUGGCGAAAUAUUUCCUAAAAACUUAUUAGAGCUCUAUAUCAGUUUUUGCAGAAUUGUCGGAGAGAAAAAUCUUUAUCCUUUGUUUAUUAGUCAUUUGAUAUUUGAAGAAAACCUCUUCAAACUUCGUCUUUUGGAAAUUACUGGCGGUGCAAUUGAUUACUCGAAUUUCCAUUCCAAGUCUACUUUACCUCUUCAUUUACAAGUUUUAUAG